GAGAACGGAACGAAGCGCUAUGAGCGAGGGAUUGGUGAGGGACUACGAGAUCGGGGCGGAGAUCGGGCGGGGCCGGUUCGGGUUGGUUCGGCGUUGCAUUUCGGCCGUGACCGGGGAGGAGUUCGCCUUGAAGUCGAUCGAGAAGCGCCUCCUUGCUGACGACGUCGACCGCGAGUGCGCGGAACGGGAGGUUAAGAUCCACUACCUUGCGGCCGCCGGGAAUCCCCACGCGGUGCAGAUCCACGCCGCAUACGAGGACGACAAGUGGGUGCAUCUGGUGCUGGAGCUCCUCGACGGGCCCGACCUCUGCGACCGAAUCGCUGCUCGCCAGGGGACGCCGUUCGCGGAGCCGGAGGCGGCGGCUGUGGUGGCCGCGCUGGCGGAGGCCGUGGCCGCGUGCCACCGGAGGGGGGUGGUGCACCGGGACGUGAAACCGGACAACGUACUCUUCGAUGCGAGGGGGCUGCUCAAGCUGGCCGACUUCGGGUCGGCGGAGUGCUUCGUGGGCGCUGACGGGGGCCGGGUGCCGAUGAAGGGGAUCGUGGGGACGCCGUGGUACGUGGCGCCGGAGGUGGUGGCCGGGAGGGAUUACGGGGAGAAGGUAGACGUGUGGAGCGUGGGGGUGGUGAUGUACAUGAUGCUGGCCGGGGGGCUGCCCCCGUUCUAUGGGGAAACAGCGGUGGAGAUCUUCGAUGCGGUGGCGAGGGCCAACCUCAGGUUCCCGCCGAGGGUAUUCCGCUCGGUGUCGCCGGCGGCCAAGGACCUGAUGCGGCGGAUUCUCUGCAAGGACGUCUCCAGAAGAUUCUCCGCCGAGCAAGUUCUCAGGCAUCGAUGGAUUACAAACAGAGGAGGGAUGAUGAGGCCAGCAGAGGGAGAUCCAUCACUCUCCAUGUAACGGCACGACGAAGCCUUGGUUCUUGGAUUCUGCAGUGGCUAGCUCUGUACGUCCUUCUCCUUGGCUUCUCCUUGUGGCUCCAUGAAGAGUGCUCUGCAGAACCAUAACACGCACUCUGAGCUUGAGCUGUGUGUGCAGGAGAAAGAGAGAUGGCAUCCUCUGUUUCUACACAUGUAAAGCUUCAGUGUCCCUUAUUCUUCCCUCUUCUUCUUUCCCCUUCACUUCUUUGUUGUUGUAGCUUCCUCGAUUUUGAUUUUAGUCCAUUAUGGAACUGAUUGAUGAGACGUUCUAAAAUUUGUCUACUCAAUAUCUACACCCACCUUCGCAAUCAAUCUUUUCCGUGAGAAAGUCAUUCAGUGCA